AUGUCGGAUCUCAUCCAAGAAAUCGCGGAUGUACCCAGGGAGUUCUUCAAGGAUGGAACCCAGUUUAUCAACCGAUGCACAAAGCCCGAUCGAAGAGAGUUCAUGAAGAUCUCACAAGCUGUGGGAAUGGGAUUCUUGAUCAUGGGCGCCAUAGGCUAUUUCAUCAAGCUGAGUGAGACUCCUUAUCUCAUCUCCCCUUGCCUUCGAUCGAUCUCCGACUGGUAG